AUGUUUUCCACGCUGGUGGAGAAUUUCCAAGAGAACGAGCCUCUGUUCGACCAUUCGUUGUUGUUUCCGACGCCUAUGGAGUCGGAAAUAGCACAUUUCCAAAACAACAGACUUAAGGAGGGAACCAUUGAAUCGAUUGUUUGUCAUUUGACGUCUCCGGACUCGAUCGAUUAUCAACUUCUUGUUGACUUCUUUCUUUCAUACAGGGAUUUUAUUGAUUCUCUACCAUUAUUAGAGCUCUUACUAUGUCGACUAUCGUGGGCUUUAAAAAGAGCCAACAACAUUCAACCUUCAGAGACAAUCGAACAAGACGAAAACGAUGCCGAAACCAUAAAAACAUCCCACACACAACCAAAAGACCUUCCUGCAUUUUACUCUGCCAUUCUGGUGCGAACGUUCGUCACGCUUCGUCACUGGCUUCUCAACCAUUUUCCGGAUUUUGUUCAAGACAGACGUCUUCGACAGCUUUUCUGCGGAGGACUAAACGAGAUAGCCACUCGGCCGGAAUGGUGCGGACCAGAGGACUCGCUUUCUACGAAGGUGAUUCUGGACCUGAAGAAGUCCUAUGCCAACAUGUGCUGUGUUUAUUGGGAAUGCGGCGAUCGUGUCCAGAUCGUUGUUGACAGAAUUGAUGCGCACGAAAACCCCCGCAAUCUUCGGUUCAGCAUGCUUGGACUGCAACAUCUCAGAGACAAGAACGUGCGUAGGUCGCAGAUCUUGUCUGUGGUGGAGGGCCGGAUCGGAGUUGCUGACGAAGGAGCCAUCUUGCACCCAAAGGCAUCGCUUAAUUGUUUAGCAAAACGGUCUUCGGUUUACGACGAGAUUUUGGACGGCGUGAAGGCCACCCCGAUCCAAGGAGUCCGCAAGCUCAGCCAGCUCAUCGACCUGGAAGACAAAGAAAACGGGUUCUGUGUCAAUGGAAAAGUGGAUGUGUUUACAGAAAGCAAGGUGGAUAAAAUAUCUCCAACAACUCCGCUGAAAAAGCUCUUGGUCGAGCCAAAACAACAACAACAGCAGGUGGAAGCUCGACGGCCUCGGAAACUGUUCCAUCUGUUCAGUAAGCCAGAAGUUGUUCGUGAAAAACCAGUGGUGAGCGAGGUUCCACUGUUAACGGGAGACAAUGUCGACUUACUGAGCUCGAGAGUGCUUUCAGAGUUCGGACAAUAUCAAGGAAGAGCAGAGGAGCGCCGCCAAGGUCGCAGACGCACCGUUUUGCAAAGCGAACGGGAUUCGGGCGAUCUAUUCAACGCCGAGGUUUACGACGUUUCUCCAACCAGGGGAAGGGAAAAACGCAAUCUCGACGAUACUGACGAGAUUCUCAAUGCCAUCAACCAGUCGGCCGGGUCGUUCCGCACGCCUUCGGUGAGCAUGAACUGGUCUUCAUUUGCCGAGGGAACGGUGAUGGAGGUGGACAUGGAGCAAAUCUUGGACGAGGGAAGCCAACCGGCACACAGCUCUAUCAAAUCAGAGUCGGUCAGAUCUGCCAAAUCGUACAUGUCUUACGACUCCGACCUGUCUUCGCGUCGGUCUCGUCGGUCCCUUGGACCUCAUCUUCUUCGCAAGAAGCUUUCUUUCUCCAAUUUGAGAGGAGAUGAUGAGGACCAAAAGGAGUUUGACGAGCCAGGAAUUCUAGAGAAAGUCCAGUCCAUCGAGACCGUUUCUGAACAACCUUCGCUAUACUUCUACGAGCUCCCAUUCUUUGGAUGGUCGCUACCAUUCGAGGACGAUUUCGAGAGCGACACCAAAACAGCAUCCAUCUUUCUUUCUGGCUCGUGUCUGCUUCCAUACCCGGGACUUUCCGUGAACGCCAUCGCAGAACUGGCCGCCUUACCUGACGAACACCAUUCAGACAACCCAAUCAACCAUGCAUUACUGAAACUUCGCGGGCAACAGCCAAAGGUGGUGUACGGAUUGAACGACGAGCAAUCCCACGACUCGCAGCAGAGUCUGGACGAAAUGAAGCUCGAACAGAAAGUCCGUGAUUUAUUUAUCCAACCAGCAUCGACCGCAAAGCCAGCACAGCGCAAGUCGGCCACUCCAACGCCGUUCCGGUUUUCGGUUGCACGCGGUUCUGUCGCAAGCAACAUCUCCAAGUUUACCAUUCAGUCUCUCUCCAACACGCCAAGCAAGGGACUCCAGGUUCCUUCAGGUCUUUCAGUCGAGGAGAUCAUGUACAAGGGAACACACGUUCCGUUUGUUCUGGAGCACGAGUCUCGCCAGCUGGCCAAACAGCUCACCUUGAUUGAACGCGAUUUCCUUUUGGAGAUCGAUUGGCACGAGCUGGUCGACCUGACCUGGGAGCAGCCAUUGACUCCGUACAACUCGUGGCUCAAACUGCUAUUUGACGAGCAGACCAAGACGGGACUUCGUCUGAUCACGUUGAGAUUCAACCUGGCCACCAACUGGAUUAUCUCGGAGAUUCUCUUGACCAAGUCCGUGGCUCUUCGUGCUUUGACGCUGUCUCGGUUUAUCCACAUUGCCAACAACUGUCUGCAGAUGCAAAACUAUGCGACGGUUUACCAGAUAGUUCUUGCACUGAACUCUACGAUCAUUAAGAAGCUCAAAAGCACGUGGAACGCAAUGGAUGUCGGCGACCUGCUGUUGUUCAAGAAAUUGAAGGACUUGUGCAGUCCCGACCGGAAUUUUGGCAACUUCCGUUCCGAGCUGCAGCAGAUCAGAGCAUCCAAGGGCAUGGUUCCGUUCCUUGCUCUGGACCUGAGCGACUUGACCAUCAACAGCGAGAGACCAACAACUUCCGGAGAGGAGUACGAGCUGAUCAACAUCGACAAGUUCCGGGUCUCGUGUGGUAUUGUCAAGAACAUUCUGCGCAACAUCGAGUACUCCAAAAUCUACAAAUACCACAAGAACCCGCAGAUUCUGUCCAAGUGUCUUUACAUCAGCUGUUUAAGCGAACAGGAGAUGGACUAUUGUUAUAGCCAUUUAGAGGAAUGA